CGAGGAGGCGGCGCGUGGGGCCUCCGGGCCCGGCCCCUUCUACUCCCAGCCCCCAGCCCCGGGAGAGCUCCCCCGCCUCCGGCACACUUUCCCAUGGUAAUGGCUGCAACUGCAGAGCGGGACUGGAGGCCGCCGGAGAGCUGCAGGAAUCCAGCCUUGGUGAUGGAGGUCCGAGGGAGUGGCUCUUCGGAGGGCAGCAGUAGUGGCAGCGAAGGCUCCAAAGACAGUUCCCGAUGUCCCACGCCAGUGCUGGACUCGGAGCGGCACGAACGGCUUCGGGAGAAGAUGAGGCGCAGGAUGGAAUCUGGAGACAAGUGGUUCUCUUUGGAGUUUUUCCCUCCUCGCACUGCUCAGGGAGCAGUCAAUCUCAUCUCGAGGUUUGACCGCAUGGGGGCUGGUGGCCCCCUCUUUGUGGACGUAACCUGGCACCCGGCAGGGGAUCCUGGCUCAGACAAGGAGACCUCAUCCAUGAUUAUCGCCAACACAGCUGUAGACUACUGUGGCCUGGAGACGGUUCUGCACAUGACCUGCUGUCACCAGACCCGGGAUGAGAUCACGGGCCACCUGCACAAGGCCAAGAGGCUGGGCCUAAAGAAUAUCUUGGCGUUGCGAGGAGACCCCAUGGGGGACAAGUGGGAGGAAGAAGAAGAUGGCUUCAGCCAUGCCGUGGACCUGGUGAAACACAUCCGCAGUGAGUUUGGUGACUACUUUGACAUCGGUGUGGCAGGUUACCCCACGGGUCACCCAGAGGCGGCAAACUUUGAAGAGGACCUUCAGUACCUAAAGGAGAAGGUGUCUGCGGGGGCUGACUUCAUCAUCACGCAGCUUUUCUUCCGGGUGGACACCUUUUUAAAUUUUGUCAAAGCCUGUGCAGCAAUAGGCAUCACGUGCCCCAUCCUUCCAGGAAUCUUCCCCAUCCAGGGCUACCAUUCCCUGCGGCAGCUGGUGAAGCUCUCCAAGCUAGAGGUGCCACAGGAAAUCAAAGAUGUGAUUGAGCCAAUCAAGGACAACGAUGCUGCCAUCCGCAACUAUGGAAUUGAGCUGGCUGUGGCCAUGUGCCAGGAGCUGCUGGCCAUCGGCUCUGUGCCUGGCCUCCAUUUCUAUACCCUCAACCGGGAGGUGGCCACUGUGGAGGUGCUGAAGAGGCUGGGCAUGUGGAAUGAAGAUCCCAGGCGUCCUCUGCCAUGGGCUGUCAGUGCCCAUCCCAAACGCCGAGUAGAGGAUGUCCGACCAAUCUUCUGGGCCUCCAGACCAAAGAGUUACAUCUACCGAACACAGGCGUGGGAUGAAUUUCCCAAUGGUCGUUGGGGGAACUCCUCGUCUCCGGCCUUUGGUGAACUGAAGGACUACUACCUCUUCUGCCUGAAGAGCAAGUCCCCGAGGGAAGAGCUGCUCAAGAUGUGGGGGGAGGAGCUCACCAGCGAAGAGAGUGUCUUUGAAGUGUUCACCUACUAUCUCUCUGGAGAAGCCAAUAGGAGUGGUUACAGAGUGACCUGUUUACCUUGGAACGAUGAGCCUCUGGCAGCCGAGACCAGUCUGAUGAAAGAGGAGCUGCAGAAGGUGAAUCGGCGUGGCAUCCUCACCAUCAAUUCCCAGCCCAACAUCAAUGGGAAGCCAUCUACUGAUCCCAUUGUGGGCUGGGGCCCCAGUGGUGGCUAUGUCUUCCAGAAGGCCUAUCUGGAGUUCUUCACCUCCAGUGAAACAGUGGAGGCUCUUCUCCAGGUGCUGAAGAAGUAUGAGCUCCGUGUCAAUUACCACAUUGUCAAUGUCAAGGGUGAAAAUGUCACCAAUGCCCCUGACCUCCAGCCCAAUGCCGUGACAUGGGGCAUCUUCCCUGGGCGAGAGAUUAUCCAGCCCACAGUGGUGGAUCCUGUCAGUUUCAUGUUUUGGAAGGAUGAGGCCUUUGCCCUGUGGAUUGAGCAAUGGGGGAAGCUGUAUGAAGAGGAAUCCCCAUCACGGAUGAUCAUCCAGUAUAUCCAUGACAAUUAUCACUUGGUCAACCUAGUAGACAAUGAGUUCCCCUUGGACAACUGUUUGUGGCAGGUCCUCGAAGACACUUUUGAGCUCCUCAGCAGGCCAGCCCAGCAGUGAGGCAUGGGAAAGCUCAGGGGCCCCAGAGCCGUCCUCAUUUCCCCUCUCAGCCUGGCUCCUGAGCUCCCCAGGCAUCCUGGCCUCUCUCCUCUCUUCCCCUGUGUUCAAGGAUUCUCCAAGUGUUUUCUUCUCCAUCCCAUCCCAUUCCCAUCACCACCUCCCACCCCCACCGCACCCCCAGUGACGGCAGCUAGACUGGUUUCUGACCUCUGUGCUUGGAUUCUGCCAGAGUCCGUGCUGCACUUGAGGCUUGUGGGAUUUCCCCCACACUACAAUUACGCUAUUUCCCCCCUUUAUUGGGGAGUAAUUCCAUCCUGCAACACUGUAAUGGCCCUAGGCCAUGCAGAACGACUGGCCAUCCAGUGCUACCUUUCACUUCUCCUGGUGAGGGAGGGGACCUGAGACUGUGAACACUGGACCAGAGCACCUGCUUAGCCAGCUGGACCUUCCAAAGAAACUGUCCGCCUGUUCUCUUUCCUGGGCCGCAUGCUGAUGUUCAGGCCCCAAACAUAACCGUGAAUGCCGUGCUGUGUGUGGAGAGAUGGGACUAUUUGGCUAGACUCAAGGAUGCUGCACUUCCAGGGUCCUUUUCCCUCAGACCUAGUUCCUGACUCAGUUUCCCCAUCUGUGAAAGGAGGGGUGAGCGUGAACUCUUUUGCCUCCCUAAGCAGGAGGUAGGCAGGCAGGCAGAGCUGGGCCAUCAGUGACCAUGGAGGCAAUUCUUGCCCUCUUCCACUGGGCCUUGCUCGAAGCCAUGGCUCCAUAUUUACUGCCAUUUUUCUUUUCUGGACUGGCCUGUGUUUAAUCUGUCUAGAAAACUCCCAGUGUGGAGUCUCCCUCUUGUCUUCCUGAUUCCUAGACUGGUCCUCUAUCCAGUAGGUGAGCCCACCUUUCUUCCUACCGUAAGCUGCUUUGUUUCCACAGAUUCCUGGUUGAAAAGAAAGCUCCUUAUAGGAUUUUGAGCUACUUCAGAAGUGUCCUCCAUGGGGCCCCUGCCCUCCUCAUCCUCUAAAGGUCAUAGAGGUAGAGGGGGCAACAGGAGCCUUGAAGGCGAAGGGGUCAAUGCUAGACCAAAAGGGGUCAGUCACAUGGUUGCGACAGCCUUGGGCCCCUUCACUUCCUCUCUUGGUGUGAGGCCUGUCUGCCCCUAUUCUUAUAGGGAGCCCUUUGGCCGGCACUGGCUCACAUUUGCUGCUUUUUUAAAUGAUGUCCUCUUCUUCCUCUACCAAGCUCAGGUUUGGCCCACUCAGUCUUUUUCCUUCCUCUCCUAAACUCUUUGUCUUGUGUGAAUGAAUGUCUGUACUGAGCACGUUUCCACAGUUGGUCCAUCCUGCUGUCUGGCAGGUACAGGGUUAAGGGAAAGGCCUCCCUCCCUCCCUCCCUCCCUCCUCCCCACCCCCAGGCUCCCCUUCUAGAGCUGAGAUCAGCUAUCUUAGAGCCAGUGCUGGGUCAGCAGAAAGAAAACCUUUCGAAGGAGGGAAGGGGCAUGGAUGGAAGAAAACAGAAGCAGCAAAGCAGAAACAGGGGAGCCACUUUGGGCCAGGCCCCAGUUCUGCCUGUUUCCUGAAGGAGGGGGCUCCCCAAAUCAGCAUUGGGGGGCUUUGGUGGUCAGUUUAGACCACCAGUCUGAACAGAAUCCUCCUUAAAGCAUCCCCAGCCUCUGCCUAAAGACCCAGACCACAGAGGGGUCACUGCCUCUGGGCUGCUCAGUCGGUCACUUUGGGCAGUUCCUAGUUCUGCCCUCCAAGGCUCAUUCCUUUUCUACAUAAAAGCAUUAGAAGGUAGCACUUAUGUUCCCAAUCCCUAAGUUUUCAGGAUUUUUUACUGUAGAUCAUAACUUGACAAGUUUCUGGUACCCCCACCAUCCUGGUCACCCUCUGGUUAAAUGUCGGUCCUAAAAUAUGGACCUCGGAACUGAAAGACAAUGCUCCAGAUCCGGCCUGGAAGAGGCUGGGCUCUCCCCUCUGGCAUGGACAAAACCCAGAAGAAUCCUGGGAAAGGAAUACUAUUUUAUUGUCUGUUAAGGUCAGGGUCUCUGCCCUGUGAGCUGUUUUUCAUUAAAGCAUUACCAUGUUUGCUGGCUUUUCUCUGCCUGGUCCUGUUGGGAGGAAUGGGACCAGAUCGGGCAGAGCUGGACUCCUUCCAGGCGAGGGGAAGAGGCAACAAAAACUGGGCAGGGCCUGCCAUCCACUCCUGUGGGCUGUGACCCCUGAUCACUGGCUGGCACUUCCUCU